CUGUUAUAAGUCAAGCAUUUAAUCAAAUAUCACAUUGCAAAACAAGUUCCACAGUCUCUUUAGAAUAACCAAUAAUGAAAAGAAAUUAAUAUUUUUUUACAACAUCUCAGCACAUUUUAAAUUUGGUGUUAAACAUCUGUGUUUCAGAAAAACAGCCUUCAUAAUUUUGACCCAUGGUUUUGACACUUGGCAUAGAUACUGACUCACCAAGAAGAAUUAUCCGACUUGCACUUCCUGAUGCUGAUCAAACAUACUUACUGGAAAGACGGCGACCAUACAUACAGUACAACAAAGGAGUAUCUAAAGAGAGAAAAGAACUUAUAAGUCUGAGUGAAGCACUGGUCAGACUAGACAUGGCUGGAGCUGUCAAAGAUAUUAGGAGAUUCAACUUCGUGUGCAAGUUAUUGCAGCUCAUCAUGAAGUCAAAACUGGCAGACCUCAGUGGUACAGCGCAGAAGAAUGUCUUUGUCAUUCUUGAAGCCUUGUUAAAUCAUGCGCUGAAGAGCGAGUUCAAUCUGGGCACACUGCGCGACCUGCUGCUGGCCACCGAGCGGGCACUACAGGAAGGUCACAUCAACCACAUUGGCAGCUCCUGCCUGUGGUCACAGCACCAGGACACAGUGAAAAAAUUGGUUAACCGACUCAGCCAAUUCCAAAUUAAACAGCGUGAGGAUGACGGGAGGGUGACAUUCAGUGAUCUGCCAGAUGACUGUAUUCGCUGCAUCUUGAGGUGCUUGGGUGACCACAGAGAUGUCAUCUGUACUGCUCAGACCAGCACCACAAUCUACGAUCUGUCUCAUGAAAUGUUGCUAUGGAGACAGCUUUGUUUUUUCCACUUCACAGACAAGCAGCUUGUAACAUUUCUUCCUGAAUCCAUGGAUGUGCGAGAGGUUGACUGGAAAUACAUCUAUCGACGCUGCUACAAGCGCUUUGGCAGACGAGACACAUUUGCUGACACAUUGGCCCUCUGUUCGUACUGCAGCAGUAUCUUUUGGCAGUCACUUGGUCACCCAUGUGUGAAAGAAGGGGAAUCGGUGUCCAAGGAACUUUCUCCUGAGAACUUUAUGAAACUUUUCUCUAUGUGAUACUCAGUGGAUGAUUGGUGGAAUCUCAACAGACUCAUCUCACUUCUUGAAGAGUUCACGAACUUCCUCAUCAGUCAUUACGUACAUGUUUGAAGACUGGUCUGAUGUAUUUACUUAUUUAUGAAAUUGUAUUGCUUAAUUAAGUCUGUUUACAUUAUAUUCUACAAUUUCAGAUUGUUUUACAUACAAGUAUUACCUAGUAAUGGAACCCCAUUGUAUCCAUGUUAGAAUAUUUUGUAAAAUAGAAAUCUUUAUUAAACCUUUAGGGUUUUUUUGCUUUGCAGCAUAGUGUUAUUUUAGAAUUUGUCAAUUAUUAAAAUAUUAAUGUUUGAUGAAAAUAAUAUAUAUUUUUAUGAGGUAUAUUUAUUCUAAUUUCCACACUGGGUUCUUUUUCAUUAAUAAAAGAUCUGUUCAUUCAUAAGAUCAAUUUGCAUACUUGAAUAGUAGAUAUUGUAGGUCAUAUGUACAUGUACAUGUAUGCGUCACAUAUGAAAACUGCAGUUGUUAAAAAAAGUAAGUGGUGACUGAGAGGUCUUCAUCAAAGAAAAAUAACUUGUUUUUUAAUAGUACUAAAUUGAAGAAUUCCAUGGAAAUCUGUCAGUUUUGCAUCACUGAUUCAUUAUGAAAAAUUAUAUAUAUACUUCACACAACAUACUUUAGAAUGACCUUAGUUGAUGAAUGCAAAAAAGCAUCAAGAUUAUGUAGAUAAAAAGGGAUUGUGGGCUGAUUAAUGUGUAUAUUAAGUAUUAGAAUGCUGUGUGAUGUGUAUAACAUUUACACAGUGAUAUGGUAGAAAUAUCUUGCAUAGGUGAGAUUUCCACUAACUGGUAACAGUUGCUGCUUUAUAAAAACAAAUUAAGAUGUUUAAAAACAUAUAUUUGGUUAUACCAGUCAAACUUACAAUUUAAUUAAAAUUAGCUCCACUAUUACAUGUGGAUCUAACAGCAGCCAGUUG